GCUAAACCUGACGAUGUUUACACAAUUUGUUUCACAAGUGGUACCACAGGGCAACCAAAGGGAGUGAUGUUGAGCAACAAGAACAUGAUAUCCUGCCUCGCUGCAACUUUUAUACAUUUUGAGAAGAAUGGCUACCCAGUGGAUUCAAGCUUUGUUCACAUAUCCUAUCUUCCGCUUCCUCACAUGUACGAGAGACUUGUUAUGAUGAUUAUUUGCUGUGCUGGAGGUCGAGCUGGGUUCUUUCGUGGUGAUGUGAAACUUCUUUUGGAUGACAUCCAGUUAUUGAAGCCUACAUUCUUCGCUUCAGUUCCUCGUUUGUUAAAUCGUCUUUACGAUAAGGUUAUAUCAAAUAUUGAAAGUAGCAGUAGCUUAAAAAAAUGGCUGUUCUUCAAGGCUUUUGAGUCGAAGAGAGCGGACUUGAUAAAAGGUCAAAUCUCCAAAAAUACUUUGUGGGACAAAAUAGUUUUUCAUAAAAUUCAAGCAAUUUUAGGUGGAAAUGUAAAUAUCAUUCUCACAGGUGCUGCUCCUAUUGAUGGUAAAGUUUUAGAGUUUUUAAGAGUCGUUCUUGGAUGUUUGAUUUUUGAAGGUUAUGGUCAGACUGAGUCUACAGCACUUGUUUCUCUGACAAAUAAACUUGAUCUUUCCCCAGGUCACGUUGGAUCACCUAGUGCCUGUAACUAUGUGAAACUUGUUGAUGUACCAGAAAUGAACUAUUUUACUUCAAACAAUCAAGGCGAAAUAUGUGUCUAUGGUCCAAAUGUCUUCAAGGGAUAUCUUAAAAAUCCUGACAAAACAUCUGAAAUGUUAGAUGAUGAUGGCUGGUUGCAUACAGGUGAUGUAGGAGAAUGGAAACAGAAUGGAACGCUUAAAAUAAUUGGUCGAAAAAAAUGUAUUUUCAAGUUGUCGCAGGGCGAAUAUAUUUCUCCUGAUAAAAUUGAAAAUGUUUACAUCAAAUGUCCUUUCGUCGCUCAAGCUUUUGUACACGGUUCUAGUCUUAAGUCAUUUCUUGUUGGAAUCAUUGUUCCUGAUGAAGAAAUUCUUACAAAAUGGGCCAAAGACAAUAACAUAAACAAAUGUUUUGAGGAAUUAUGUCAGGAUACGGCCGUCAAUUACAUGAUUCUGAAUGACAUCAUCUCCAGAGGAAAGGAAGCAAAGUUGGCGUCGUUUGAACAGGUCAAAGGAAUUCAUCUUCAUUCGCAACUAUUCACUCCAGAUAAUGGAUUACUAACUCCAACCCUUAAGUCCAAACGAUUUACGUUAGCGAAAAGAUUUAAUGAUGAAAUUGAUCGUUUGUAUGAAAACUUGGAGAAGAUUCCAGCUAAGCCGCAACUUUAAGGCUUGUGGCUGUUUUAGCUCGUUUAUAGUUUAGUUUGAUCGCUUAAUUCUUCAGGGUAAAAAUACGUUGAAAACAAGGGUUUAAAUACAUGUUGCUCUGAAAAUAGAAUUUUAACGUCAAAUUAUAUAAAAUACAAAUAAUAUAACGAAUAAAGAGCGACUGCGGAACAUAUUCUUUAAUGGAGGUGGUAUGGUUAUUGACCACUGAAUCCCAGAAAGUUGUUUGCUAGUAGAGGAUGUGUUUACAAAAUUCAAUGUGGAAGCAAAAUUAUUUGAAGGGGGAUAUAACUGCACAGUCCUCCUCGAUCCAUGAUAAAUGCAUAGUGAUACUUUGGAAGCAUGGAACUAGGUUUAGAAAAGAUUAAAUUGAUUACGACCUAGACCAUGUCGCAUCGAGGGUAGUUCAAAAUAAAUUAUAGAAGCUUAUUUUAAAUUCAAAAGACUUUUUAACAACAUUAAAAGUUUAUAAAGAAUAUUUAAGACUGAAAUAAUCCCAAUAGGAUUCGCUCCAGAGUAUUUUAAAAUGGAAAUAGAUUGUAAUGUAUCCUGACCAUCCAUAGAUCCGCCACUGGACCUAAAUAUUGUCGAACUAAAAAUGUACGAUGACUUGCAAUAUUAUUCAUGUUAUGCACUUUAAGUAGCAAUUUUUACUACUAAAGCAAUUUCUAGGAACAUUGCAAAUCUUGAGGUGCUUAUGUUGAAAAUAUAUUUAUUUGAUAAAUACAAAA